AUGAACCCUCUCAUCCUCACCUGUCUCCUGUGCUUCGUAGUCUCUGGUGCUCAGGGAUCUGAGGCCACGUUCUCCAGUGAACUAGCUGGAGUGACCGGGGGUUCAGCCUCCGGGGAGGACCUCCAGAGUUUGCUGAGCGAUGAUGACGAGCUGGAAGUAGAUGAGGAAGUUUCAGGAACAGACAACGGAAAUGUCAGCCUUAUUGAGUUACAUCCCAGCCAAGAUGAUAAGAAGAAAAGGAAGGGCAAAGGCAAUAAAAGGAACAAGCACAAGAGCACGACUCCGCUCAACCCCGAGCACACGCUCUUCACCAACAUAUACGCAUCGACUCUUAGCACCAUGGAGGAUCCCUGCACCUCCACCCACCUGGGCUACUGCAUUCACGGUUACUGCAAGUACAUAGAAGGGCUACAGGAGCCAGUGUGUAUAUGUAUGAAAGGUUAUGACGGAGAGCGCUGUGGGAUCCAAUCUCUGGAGACAGUGAAAACCAAGCCCGAUCAGAUCAACAAUACUGAGCUGGUGCAGACGGUCUUAGUGAUUAUCGCCGUGGUCCUGUCGGUCAUCAGCUGCACCGCCAUACUGCUCAUAACAUGUGCUCAUUACAGGUCACAUAAAAACUUCUUGGCAUCCUACCUGGGAACUGGGACAGAGCAGGAGAAGCUACAGAAAUCUAUGGGCGAGGUUGUGGUGUGAGAGCGUCAAGUUACGAGCCAGCUGCAUGACUGAAAGACGAAACGGAGCAGAGGUGUCUGAGGACGGAAAGCAG